UGUUACAUAAAUCAGUUGGCAAAAGGAGCUUCGGCAUCAUCGAUUUUUUUUCUCUCUCCUCUUUCCGUCAUUGUUCUACGAAGCGCCAUUGAAGAUGUCUUCUCUAUCUAGUACUCUGGUCCUUGCUCGUAACUCCCCUUCGCAGCUUUCAUCUAGCUUUUCUUUCAAGCAGUCAGAUCUUCCAGUCUCAUGUCCUACCAACUUGAGCUUUUCUCCACUUCGCACCAGAAAGGCUUCACAAAAACCUCUUGUUGUUCAAGCUGCUUAUAGUGAUGGUGGGAGGCCCAGCAGUGCAGGCAUUUUCGUGGGAGGCUUCAUUUUGGGAGGACUUGUUGUUGGGACCCUUGGCUGUGUGUAUGCGCCCCAGAUAAGCAAGGCUCUUGCCGGAGCUGACAAAAAGGAUUUGAUGCGGAAACUGCCCAAAUUUAUCUAUGACGAGGAGAAAGCUUUGGAGAGAACAAGGAAAAUCCUGACUGAGAAGAUUGAUCAGUUGAACUCCGCUAUUGAUGAUGUGUCAUCUCAGCUGCGGUCUGAAGAUACCCCAAAUGGAGCAGCCGUGACCUCUGAUGAUCUUGAAGCUGCCAUAUGAGAUAUCAAAUCAUUCACGUGCUCUCCCAUAUCAGCAAAGAUACAUUUUCAGAAGAUUAGUGUACUUGCCAAAUUUGAUGUUGAAGCAUGUUCCAGGCUUGGUUAUAAAUGUAUUGUCAGGAUUUUCCAUUCAGCUAAUAUGGGAUAUAAGUGCCCAAGUAUUCUAUUACAGAAGUAGCAUUAUUUGUGUAUUUUGGAUGUUUAUAAUCUGUUAGGAUUCCAGCUCUGUGAUUUGCUCGUACAGAAGAACUGUACUGUAAGCUAGCCUGAGAACAUGACUACUAGCACAAGUUUACCACAAAACCACAUCAUAUCAGAAGCUCUUCUAAGGAACAAAUUUCAUACUAGACAUAUUUCUUCAUUAUUCUA